AUGCCGGCCUGUUUGCGGACCUCCUUGAGGCCGUAUCUGCGAGCCCUGGAGGCCACAAGGCUGGGCGUCGAGAAGGAAAAUUCGACCCUGACGGAGGAUUUCGCGGAUGUCGAGGAGGAAUAUGCGAUAUGGCCGCUCGAACUUCAAUCACAAAGGAGCCCCUUUGCGUUUUCCCGCGGGUUAUUAAAAGGAAAAGGGCGGGGCUUUACCCAAUUAUCAUCCAUUUUUAAACAUUUUCUGCCUUUUCAAUUGCCGUGGGUCUUCGCUCGAGGGUCUCCUCUUUCCCCGCCACAGACCCAGACAAAAUCGAUCUACAAGGCAAAUCACUCCAGCGGCAGCUCGAAAGCGGAGGUGUGUGAGGUUUUAUUAAGGAUCGAAUCAUUUUCUUUUCAGACGUUUUGGCUGGAGUUCGCGGAUGAGGAGAGCCUUUCGUACGUGUACGAGCUUUUAAAUCGUCCUCUUCAGCCGCGGAAGGCGUUUGUGCGGGAAAUCUUAGCCCGCCAUCCACAAAAUAAAGAGGAAAGGGAAACUGAAAAAGAAGAGGGGGUGCCAAAAGGACCAAUGGUGAAAGGUGUGGUGGAACAAAGCUGUCAAACUUCAUUCAUGGCGGCAGGACUGGACGCUAUUAACAGCAAACCUACCGAAAAAACAAUUAUAGACACCUCAGGAAAGGCAUUUUUGGGUGAUACCCUCGAGAAAGAAGAGGAGAUGAUAGUAGGCUCAGCGGAUGAUUCUCCAUCUUGUGCGUUUCUGUCACCGCCUGAGGAAAAGAGUUUUUCUUCUUCCUCUUCGUAUUCCUUUUCUGCGGUUAAUUCCUCUUUCGGGAGCUUUACACUCACCAAAGAAGAUGAAGAAGCGAAAGAAAAAGAGAAGGCAAAACGUGAAUUUUAUCGUUUAGAUUGCGUGUUUCCGCCGCGAGCGUGGAUUUCUCGGACGUCCUAUUUAUUUUACCCGACCACGGGGAAUCGCCACGUCGUGAGUGCUCGGAGGCCGUGGUCAAUGACGAUGCUUAUCCUAUUAACCUGCGGAAUUCUUCCAUCGCCGUGGCCAACAAACGAAACUAAAAAGGGCGAAGAAGAGGAUUCUUCUUUUCCCUUUUCGUCUUCUCGUCGGGCGUUGUUUUUCCAGCAGUUUCUCAAAAAUGUUGCCGUCGCGACGGCUAUUCAGACUUUAUACUGGUCCGGGGACGAAGAUGAAUCCUCAGAGGAAAAAGACGCACACGAAGAAGCGACAAAAAGGGGCGAAGACGACAAAACCGAGCGGAAUAAAAACGAGAAAAAAAAAGAGGAAGAAGCGGGGGAUUCCUCUCACAGCGACGUCUCCACCUACGAGCCACUUUACCUCUCCAUCUCACCUCCCAUCGCCCGCAUGGCGAACAAUCCAGAGGAAAAGGUCGCGUCGGAGAUAAAAAAGCCGGAGUUGAAUGGCGAGGAUGCCAACGAUGGAAAAGGUCAACGACGACGCGGCCGCGCGAUGUGCUCGCGCGAUUCCUCGUUUUUAUGUCCCGCCUUUUCCUUUUCAUUGCGGGGGUCUCUGGCGGGGAGUUGGUGGGGCUACGACGCGAGGCGGGAAUUCCGCCGUCAGGGCCUCUGCGAUGGGGAAUGGUGUUUGGCGAGCUUCAACCGCGGCCACGCCGCCAUCCCGACCUACCCCGAGCGCUUCGUCCUUCCCAAAGAUCUCGCACGCCUUCUCCGACGGGGAUCGAUCGACCCGAAUUACCGAAUUUCGCGGCGGAUGGAGGCCGCCACGUAUGUGUUCCCCCCCAGCGGCGGCGUCCUCGUGCGGAGCGCGCAGCCCGCCAUCGCGCGGCACCUCGUGCGGAAUUACGCCCUCGGCGGGGCCUCUUCCCCCCCUCCCCCUCCUCUUCCUUCUUCCUCUUUUAUUCCCCCCCCGCGGGGUGAUUCAGGGCCGGUUGAACGCACUCCCCACGCGAGGACGUCUUUUAAGGCCCCUCCUAGCCCAGAACAGGGGGGGGCUGCAGCAGAGAGGGAUCUAAGAGAACAGGAGCUAACACAGAGACACGGGAGGGAGCCGGGACAGGAACAGGAGCUGACACAGGAACCGGAAGAGAUAAAGGGACGGGGGGAUGGGGAGGAUCCCCGGUCCAGGAGGGUCGGGAAAGCUCCCCCAGCGUGGAUGCCGCCUCGUUCAAGUGUGAUUUCGCGGGUAUUGGGGUCGCUCGCCGCAGCGGCCGGCCUCCCGCGGCGGCGGCUCGUCGUCGUUGAUCUUCGCUCGCCGCCGGCGGCGCUCGGCAGCACCAUCGUCGGCGGAGGCUCCAUGCGCUGGUUCGACGAGCGCGUUGACUUCGCCUCGCUGAUGAACAUCCACCGCGUCGUGGCAGCCCACCGCGGGCUUCGCCAGGGGCUUUUGGAGGGUCCCCUUCGGCAAGGCGGUGGGGGGCCGGGCGGUGGGGGCGUCGGUGGCCCCGCUUUGCUCUGGGAAAGCGGAAAUCCCCCUUACCUGGCGGUGAUCGCCGCCGCUGAGACCGCAUGCUCUGAUCCGACCAUCACCACCACAACAGAACUCUGGAAAGCUCGGCGGGCGCCGCGGGCGCGUUCGCAUUUGGCGAUUCCCGCCUCCCACCUCCCCCGCGAGAACGUGAAAUUGACAAUAAAAAAGACCGACGAGAAAGGUUCUAUGGGUGGUCGUGAAAUUCGCCCACUUCAGUCGCCAGCGGGGCAUCGAUCGCGUUCCUCUCUGGCUGCGGCUGCGGGUGAAGGGGUGGGUCCGGGGACAUCUCCUUUGGAUAUUCCUCGAUCUCCACAUUUGUCCUCUCCGUUUUAUGCCUCUUCUUUGCACCCGUCUUCGUCUUUAUACGCGUCUCAGUUUAUUCUCCCGCAGCUCUCGCCGUGGGUGCGUUCUAUACAUAUGUUGUUGAGUACGGCAAUUUUCGCCGCGCGGCGGGUGAGCGGCCUGCCCGUGGAUCCACUUUACCCUCCCGCGAUUUCGCAUAACGGCGCCGCCGCGAAUUGCUUUUCGCACGUCGUCGGGCAUAAUUUCAUCGGGGUUCAUUUAUCUCCUAAUGAAGAGGAAGAAGAGAAACCCGUUAUGGGGGGAAGAUCGGCAAACGAUUCACCGAUUUCGACAAAUGAUGCGCCCGUGGUCGGCGGCAAACCGGUAAAAGGGAAAAGGGAAUCAAAAAAAGAGGAAAAGGAGUCCGAUGGAGAACUGAGAAGACCUCAUUUUGCUUCGUAUAUUCCAGAAAUUCACCGCACGCUCGCGCAUGUGGUGUUGUUAAACUGUUCCGACGGUUGGGAUCGAACCCCGCAGGUGAGCGCACUUACGCAGCUUUUGAUCGAUCCAUAUUUUCGCACCGUGGAGGGUUUUUGCGUGCUUUUGGAAAAGGAUUUCGUCGCCUUCGGGCACCCUGCGCGCUGGCGGGCGACCGCGAUUGCGGGAAAUCGAAAAGCAUCCUUUCCGGCGAUGAGUACGUCGUCGUUUUCGGCAUCCGCGCUUUUUGAUGAGUCUUCUGAGCUCAAUUAUCGCGCGGCGCCUAUGCAAGGAGGUGAUAAUGGAGGGAAGAAGCGGCAAACAGGCAAUCCGACAAAUAAACUCCCUCGAGAUCCUCCACCCCUGUUUGGAAAAGACGAUUGGGAGAUGUUAUGGAAAGCGCAAAGAGAGGAGGAUGACGUGAAUGGCGAAGAAGAUGAAGAGGAAGGGGAAGGGGCGCAGAAUGAAAAUCCAUUUUUAUUGGCAAAGAAUGGACAUCGUCAAGGAGCCUCUCGGCGGUUACUUCGCGCGGUGCGGGAUGGGAACCGUCCAGUCGCGGAGGUUCCCCCUUCCUCGAUGCUUUUUACCUCACAAGAGGCCGCCAAACAAGGGCAUUCCCCCAUUCUUUUACAGUUUUUUGACGCCGUCUGGCAACUUGUUCGGCUUUACCCGAAUUGUUUUGAGUUUACCGCGUCUUUUUUGCUGUUGUUAGUGGAUUUAAUUCACGCCGGGGUUGUGAGCUCGUUUGCGGUGAACUGCGAGGCCGAUGUGGUGGCCGACCACGCGGCGAAGGGCUGCUUGUCGAUAAGCCAGUGGUGCGCCCUACUCCUGGCGACGACGACCUCGUCUUUGCGCCCGACAACGAAAAGUAAAAGUGGGAAAGAAACAGGAUGGGCGAGGAGGCCAACACGCUUGCGAAAGGGUGAGAGAUCCAAUCACUCCAGCGAGGAUCCCCGCGCGGCGCCAGAGUCGUCCAUGCGUGUGGGCGAAGAUGGCGCCGUUGGUGGGGUUUGCUUUCAGGCGGCAUCGCCAUCCCCCGCGGAGUACGAAACCCUCACCGAAGAAGAAGAAGAGGACGAACAUAUUCAAGACGGGAUAAAUCCUUUCCCGUGCUGUAAUCGCUUUUGCAUUUCAGACCACACUCAACUGGCUUGCUUUACCAAGUUUGAUUGCAGUACGCAGCUUCCGUCGUGCCGAAAGACGCCUAACGAGGAGGCGGUUCCUGACGGUAUUAUCUUCCGCAGUUUUGUAAAGUGUCGAAAAGAUUACACGAAAAAAGGGGCUCUUCAGGCAAACAAAGCGCAUGCUUUCCCGAAUCCGUUAUCUUUUCAAUCUCCCGGGGUGCUUUCCAAGACCUACGAUACCAAUACUACCUCUCCUUCUGAGAUGGCGGUGGCGGAAGAUGGCAAAAUCGCAGCGAUGGGGAGGGAGGAGGAAGAGGAAGAAGAGGAAUUAUCCAGCAUCCAUGCCAGUCAUAGUAGCAGUAGCGCUAUGGAAGAUUUUUCCGAACGGCUUUGGCCCGUUUCACACGAGGCGAUGUUUGAUUCCGGGUUUAUGAACCCAUCCUUUUCACUUGUUUAUAACAUAAAGGCAGUAGGGCCUCUUGUGGAUGCAAUUCCGCUCGCGCGUUUAGCCCUUUGGGAGGAUUUUUUCCUUCGCCAUACCUUCUGGGAGGAGCGGCGAACGCAGCUCCGGCGAGGAUGGUAUGGACAGCCCUCUAUCGCGACAUUAACAUCGUAUAGCGAUAAACCCAAACAAACUGAUACGUACGAUUUAACGCGUAUAAAGGAGCGAAAGGGGAAAAAUAACCCUUUUCGUGCUUCAAUGUCUGCCGGGUUGGUAAAGAAAAGGUUCUUAGAAGGUUACUUUAGCAAUGAAGGAAGAGGAGGGAGUGAACAAUCACCGUUGAAGGAUAUAUCUUCAACGGAAGCUAAAAAAUAUGAACAAUGUAAAGGUUUAUCAUCAGUAUCACCACCAAAUUGCGUUGGAAAGUCUUUUCUUGAUUUCCACGUUGCUUCUGAUCUUGAUGAAAAAUAA